GACAAAUUGUCACUCUGUGACGUUUUGUUUCUAUAUAUUUUAUAUAUUUUCAGUACAUUUUAUUUAAAAUUUCUAUAAUGUUUUACAAAAAGUUUUUGGCGGAAAUUUUUGCAAAAUUUUUUACCGGUUUUUAUUGAAAACAUGCCACCGAGUAAGCUCGACAGCAUUUACCGUCGUUUGCUAAUUACGCGGUUUUUUGAAAAAGGAUGGGGCACACCAGAAAAUCUACAGAGGAUUGAGAUGACGGGCUGCAUAAUUUUUUCACGGAAACAAAUAUAACUCAUAGAUUAUUCGAGUUUCGUAAAAUUAUUUCACGGCGAGAGACAUGUUAUAAAUUAAUACCUCAAGACUAUCCGGUAGAAAUUACUAGAAAUAAUAAAUAUUCUGAUUGCUCCAUAUUGGAGGGAAAAUUUAUUUCGCCUUUGGAACUACAUUUGCCUGGUGUAGUGCCAAAAGCCGCACAAGAAGCUCAUUUUCAAGUAAUAUUGCCCAAAAAAUGGAGAGAAGAAAAAUUCAAGCCAAUGUGCAUUCACUUAGCUGGCACUGGAGACCACUUUUACUGGCGAAGACGAAAUUUUAUUGCCAAACCUUUACUUAAGGAUGCGAAUAUUGGAGCUAUAAUAUUAGAAAAUCCUUUUUAUGGACUAAGGAAACCAGAUCAUCAAGUGCGCUCAAAUUUACAAAAUGUUUCUGACAUAUUUGUGAUGGGUGGUUGCUUAAUACUAGAAUGUUUGGUACUUUUACAUUGGUGCGAAAGGAAUGGUCUUGGACCAUUAGGAAUAACCGGGUUAUCUAUGGGAGGACAUAUGGCUUCUUUAGCAGCGACGAAUUGGCCUAAGCCCCUUGUGCUUGUACCAUGUCUUUCGUGGUCUACUGCUGCACCUGUAUUUACGACAGUAUGUAUUGUAACCUUAUUGAUGCUUAUGUUAAGUUGAAAUAUAUAACAGCUGCAAUUGUUAAGGGUGUAAUGAGUCAAUCCAUCAAUUGGGACAUGCUUGAAACUCAAUACCAUUCGGAUGGUAAAUACAGCGAACGCCUAUCAAAAAUGGUUACAGUGGUAGAUGAUGCUUUUGCGGCUGGGCAAAAAUUUAUUAAAAACUUCAACCAAUCUCUACAAGCGCUUAAAAAUGAUAUUAGUGAUACCAGACAUGUUCCAAAGCAGCCUUCUGAUGCGAUUAGCAAUAAUUACAUAGAAGUUGAAAAUAAUCAAAAUCAGUUAGAAAACAAUUCGAUUUUUCUCAAAGAAAACUUGGCGAAACAUGUUAUUAGUAAUAAAAGUAGUUUGCACUUAGUGAAUAACGAAAAGUCAAACAAAACGCUGCGAAGGGAAGAUCAAAAGGAGCAAUCGGCAUUGACAAAACUAAUGAGAUUCAUAUUACCCAUGGCUCAAAACAGUGACAAUAAGAAGAUAGAUAUAACAAAAACGAAUUGGUGGGAACGCGAGGCUUUACAAUUCAUGCGUGGCAUGAUGGACGAAUGUACGCAUUUGAAAAAUUUUUCGGUUCCAUUCGAUACGUCCUUAAUAAUAGCUGUUUGCGCUAAAGAUGAUGCGUAUGUGCCACGUGAAGGUUGCGCCAGUCUUGAGGAUAUAUGGCCGGGUGUAGAAGUGCGAUAUCUCGAUGCCGGUCAUGUGAGCGCCUAUGUUUUGCAUCAGAAACUAUUCAGAAAAUGUAUAAUUGAGGCGUUCGAGAGAUCAAAGCAAAUUUACAUUAUGGACAAAGGAAACAUUGGUGAAGAUCUGAAGCCAACAUUAACUUAUAAGGAGCUUGUUAAUAAAUAUACAAAUUCUAUAUAAUUAUUUAAUGAUGAUAUACACAUAUUUUUUAACCAAUUAUACAACCACAAAUAUACUGUUGACUAAUUUUUAUGACUUCGUAUUUUGCAGUGCGUUUCACGUUUUAAAAUAACGGAAAGCCUGAAGCUUACAACACAACAGCUGGUGCAAUAACGGUAACGAGUAACAAAGCUGAUUUCCGCAACUAAUGUCAAAACAUGAAUUUUGUUGCUUUUGAUGUAACCACUAAACAUGUUAUUGUUAAAUAAAGCGCUGUGAACGUUGCCAACCGAUAGCAUAAGAGACGAUAUAUACAUAUAUCGAUAUAAUUGGAUCAUGUUGUCGGCGGCUUGUGUAACCAGCGGAAGAUGCCAUUUUGUCAAUCGAAUAAGAUCUGGAAAGAACACCAUUGCGAUACAGCAGAAAAGAAUUGGGAGUGAUUUCUUACCAUCCAUCACUCAAAAUUAACAACAGAGUAGUUGAAAGAGUCCCUAACGUCAACAAAAACACCAAUUGUUUAAAAAGCUAACAAGAUUUCGUGAAAUCGGUAUACUAAAUUUAAAGGACAGAAAAAUAAGUACAUACGAAGUUUUUGUAAGCUAGAAAAUGGCAGACUCAGACAAACAGCUACCGAUUGAGCAGCAGCAGCAGCAACAACACCAACAGGAUGUCGACCAAGGUGAUGCUGCUCAGGCCCAAUUGAAGUCGCUGCCACCAAAAGAAGUCAUUGCAACCAAAGUAACUGGUACCGUAAAAUGGUUCAAUGUAAAGAGCGGUUAUGGUUUCAUCAAUAGAAAUGACACCAAAGAAGAUGUGUUUGUGCAUCAAAGCGCCAUUGCGAGAAAUAAUCCGAAAAAGGCCGUGCGCUCAGUUGGCGAUGGUGAAGUUGUCGAAUUUGAUGUUGUCAUAGGCGAAAAGGGUAAUGAAGCCGCCAACGUGACUGGUCCAUCUGGUGAACCGGUACGUGGUAGUCAAUUCGCCGCUGACAAACGUAGAAAUUAUCGUCCAUGGAAUAACCGCAACCGCCGCAAGCCUCAAGGUGGACAAGGACCAGACGGAAAUGUUCAACAAGGGGUUGAAAGCGAUGUUAGAUCGGACGUUCAACAACAGCAACGUCCGCAGCGUAAUUACCGUCGUGGAGGUGGUCCACCCGGUGGCCCUGGUGGUCGUGGCGGUCGUGGUCGUCGUUUUAAUAACUAUUAUCCACGUAAUCAAGGCAGACGUUCAGGUGGUAGCGAAAGUGGAUUGAUCGAGGGUGGCAAUGACCAGAACGCUGACUCCACACAAAGGGGCGGUGAUGGUCAAGGUUUGCCCGCGCGACGAGGAGGACCACAAAGACGUUUCGUCCGUCGCAAUUUCAAUAAUGGCGGAGGCCGACGUGGUCCACGCGAUGAUGAGGAUUUCGGCAAUGGUGGACAAGGACCUCCGCGCAAUAAUCGUCCAAGACGAAACAGGAAACCCAGCGGCGCUGGAGGAGGCUCUGGUGGCGAAGGUCAACACCAACAGCCUCAGCAGGAUGUUGGUCACGAAGUGCAGAAUACCACAACCGAAAGUACAGCAUAAACCGUCGGUUAGGUGCCAAUAAUGCGAUUCUACACCAACAACAACCAACCAAGAAAUCAAUCAACAACAAUAACGAGAAGAGAGGAAUAGAGCUUAAAAAGCAGCUCAUUUAAAAAAAAAAUUCCAAAUAAACUUUGUGUUUUAGAAAGAAAAAUAUACGUGGAAGAACGCAUUACACACUACUAAACAAAAAAAAGUCUAAAAGCAAACUAUUAGUCCACAUGUAAUACUAUUACAUAUUUUUGCUAUGCACAUAAGUUGUAAUACAACACAUAAGAUGUCUUUACGGACAUUUUAUAUUUCUGCGUGAACUAAUUAGGCUGAUGAUAAAAACUGUUGAAAUUUUAUCCCUCUUUGGUCCUAUUUAUUAUUAUUAUUUUUUUUUAUAGUAUCUGUAAAAUGUACAUAUGAUUGUCAUAUUUGUCCAUUAUUAUUAUAUUAUAUAUAUAAAAUAUUUAUUUAAUAAAACGUGUGCCUAAUUUUAAAGUUGAUUUUAUCUUAAAUUAUUCUUCCUUAAAACAUUUCGGCACUCAAAUAAUACAAUAUGUAUAUAUGCAUAUCUUUUUAUAUUGCAAAAAAAUAGUUUUAACUAACGUCAGUAUGUCGGCUUGUGCUCCAGGUACGUUCCUAAACACAAGCACAAAGUUAGUAAGUUAAAUUUUUCAUCCAUUUUGACUUUUUCACAGAUAUUCUGCUAUUCUUUUGGUAUAUUAAUUUUCGAAAAGGCCCGUUUUAUUAAAUUCUAUCCAUUUUUAUUUGUGCUCAUCAUUUAUUUACAAAAUAUUGUUAUACAUUUUAUUGCGCUUACCAUAGAUUAAAGCAACACCUACUUACCUAACCAUUGAGGCAAAUUAUACAACAAUGUAAUAUAUUGAUUUGAUAUUAUCAUAAAUUUUUGAAAAGUUUUCAUCUUCGAACGGUUCAAUAGAUCGUAACCUUACAUUUUUCGCAGUGUUCUUACAUACUCCUGAAUCAUAAUUAUACACUAAAUGUCCAAAGGAAGCAUAAAAUCGCAUACAUACAUAUGUAAUUCAUUUGUUUUUGGAAAAAAA